UGAGGAAACGGCUGCCGGCUUCCUCCGCAGCCCUGCCCUGGCCCCCGCAGCUCCAUCCACGCAGCCCGGACACCAUGGGCAUGUCUGCGGAGGACGGGCGCGCCGCCAGCCCCAGAGACGAGGAGUGGCCGGAAGCAGAGAAGGCUGAGAAGCUGGCCAGAGGAGCUGCUCUGAAAUGGGCUUCAGGGGUGUUUUACCGCCCCGAGAAACUGGAAGGGCUUGGGCAUUACCGGAGCCGAGAGACACAGAGGAACAGCUCCAUCCAGUCCCGGCUGAAGUCAACCGUGCAGUCCUACCUGGAGGGGGUGAGUGCGGGGCUGGAGCAGCUGCGGUCGGCGGCGCAGGAGGUGCAGAGCGUGUGCCAGGACCUGGGGGCUGCGCGCUGGGCCCUGCUGGACAGCGCCGACCACUUCCAGGGCCUGCAGCAGAUGAGGGCGCUGGUGGAGGAGCACGUCCAGCUGGCUUCUGUGGUCCAGGUGCUGCCACAGAUCUUCUCAGUGCAGGAGGUUUUUUCCCAUACCCUGCAGCUGCUCCACGGGCAGCGUCUCCUGGAGGCCCACGCGGAGCUCAUGAUGGUGGAGCACCUCCGGGAUGACAUCCUCUCCCAGCUGCACCUCCGCGGGCUCCCCGGUGCCCAGACAACUGUGCUGUCCUACUUCGGCGGCCUGCAGCAGCUCAACGAGACCCUGGCCAAGCAGCUGUGGGACAUCGUGGGCAGCAGCCUGCGGCUGGUGCGGGAGGACCCCGUUCUGUUCGUCACCGCUGUGAGGAUCAUCGAGCGGGAGGAGAAAAUAGAUGACACUCUGCUCCUGGAGGCCACCUUCCUGCCCCCCGGCCGCCCCAAGGGCUGGAGGCAGAAGUUCUACCACGUGCUGCAGGACACCAUCAGAGGGGCUCGCUUCCAUGGUGCUCCCGUGGACGCUGAGGGGCCAGGGCUGGCCAGGCACCUGGCAGCGCUGCAGAGGGACAUCGUGUCUGAGCUGCGCGUGGUGAAGGACCUGAUGGUCCAGUGCGUCCCGGCUCACUACAACAUCCUCAGUGUCUGCACUGCCACCUACCACCAGGCCCUCGCCAGCCACCUCCAGGAGAUCCUCCGGGAGGACCUGGACAAACAGGGGCUCUUCCUCCUCCUUGAGUGGGCACUCCACGUGUACCACAGCCCAGAGAUGAUGGGUCACCCUGACCUUCUCCCAGAAGUGGAUGUUUCUGCUCUGGGUCCUUUGAUGUCUUCUGAGCUUGUGGAUCAGACAGAGAGGAGAUACGUGGUGAAAGUCAAGGCCAGCGUGCUAGAGUGGAUGCAGAGGACCCUGGAGGUGGAGUUCAAGGAAUGGUUCAGGGAAGAGGAACCCGAGACAGACCACCAGGGAUUCUUCCAGUCAGCCCUGCCUGUCAUUGUCAUGCAGAUGCUGAAUGAGAACAUCCAGGUAGCUUCCUUGAUCAAUGACUCUCUGCAGCAGAAGGUUUACAACAUGGCCUUAGAGGAGCUCGAGGCAUUUCUGGGCCGGCUGCGGGAAGCCCUGGUGCAGUGUGGGAAGGAGCACCAGCAGGACCGGGCCGUGCCCAAGUACUAUGUCUCCUACCUCCUGGCCAUGCUCAACAACAACCUGGCUCUCAGCAACUCUGUCUCCUCCCUGCACCCCGACACUGCCCACAGAGAAGUCCCUGCAUCCCUCCAGGCUGCUCUAGACAGGAUGCAGAAGAAAGCCUGCCAGCUGCUGCUGGAGGAGCUGCACCUGGACCUGCAGCCCCUGUGCCUGCAGCUGCCCUCCCGCAAGUGGCUCUCUGGGUCCCAGCUCGUGGGCAGCAUGUGUGAAGUGAUCGACAAGUAUGCAAAGGACUUCUCCCGCGUCAGGAAACCCCUCUUCACGCUCCUGCUGAUGGAGAGCGAGCUCCUGGUGGCGAGCCAGUACCUGCGGGCGCUCAUGCAGAGGAAGAUGGUGUGCAAGAGCGAGGAGGAGCGGGGCCAGCUCUGCGAGCGCCUGCUGCAGGACGCCACCCAGCUCCGGGAGCUCUUCUGUGGCCUGGGCCUGGAUCAGGGCCAGCAGAGCCUGGAGGCCGUCUUUGCUCUGCGGGAGCUGAUCUGCCUCAAAGACCCAGCACUGCUCAGCCUGGAGGUGCUGGGCUUCAUCACCAAGUACCCUGAUGCCAGCGACGAGCACAUCUCCACCUUGCUGGACCUCCGGGGCGACGUCUCCAAGGAAGUGCGGCACGUGGUGCUGGAAAUGAUGGCCCAGCACCCCCAGGCGCUGCCCGAGGGCUACCGGCCCAUCUUCAGCACCAUCCUGGUGCCUGUGCCAGAGCUGCCCUUCUGCCUUCGCAAGGGCAAGUGUGCCUGA